GUCCUAGGUAGGGUUUUUAGGGUUUAAGAAGAGCUUGCAUUCGUUUUUAUACUCUCCUUUUAACCAGUCAGCUCACUAUUUGGUUCUCGGAUUUCCUUGCAAAUACUUCUCAUUUCACAAUGUGGGCUCUUCGUCGUACUUCUAUUCCUCUCAGGAGCCGAGGGUUUAGCAUAGGAACUUCUCAUGUUUCUUGUGUGAAAGUAGAAAUGCCAAGUACUUGUAUAGAGGAUGUCAAGACUGGUUCCCUUGAGUCUCCUCGAGAGCCAUAUGAUAGAUUUCAACCUCUGAAAAGAUUUUGCCACCCAACAUAUGAUUCUUUAAAGUUCUUUGUUGGUAGACACAGUUUUUCUUCGCAAGCUGGUGCAAAAAGUAGCGGAGAGGAUGACUUAGAAGAUGGUUUCUCUGAACUUGAGACGCAUUCUAGUGCCGAGGUAAAUCAAGACGUAGAGGAUGAAAGUGAUGAUGAAUUAACUUCCGAACCAGAACUUGCUGAUGAUGAUGUUGAAGAGGCUUCUCAAAUUGAGCUGGAGUUAUCAGACACUGAGACUGACCCAAGUGAGAAAAAGACACCUAGGAAAAGGACUCAAUCAGCACUGUUCAAAGCCAUCUUGGCUGCUUCAGGUUCAUCUUUUCAUAGCGCGCUUGAUAAGUGGGUUGAGCAAGGGAAUGAAUUGAGCCGGGCAGAGAUCUCACUGGCCAUGCUUAAUCUUCGUAGACGCCGGAUGUAUGGGAGGGCAUUGCAGCUUUCAGAGUGGCUGGAAACAAAUAAGCAUCUUGACUUUGCUGAGAGAGAUUAUGCUUCUCGCCUUGAUUUGAUUGCCAAGGUACGUGGCCUCCAGCAGGCAGAGAACUACAUUGGCAAGAUCCCAAAAUCCUUCAGAGGGGAGGUAAUCUACCGAACCCUGCUGGCAAACUGUUCCACUGCUAACAACACUAAGAAAGCCGAAGAGAUAUUCAAUAAAAUGAAGGACCUAAACUUCCCAAUUACAUCAUUUGCUUGCAACCAGUUGCUUCUACUCUACAAGAGGCUUGACAAGAAGAAAAUAGCCGAUGUAUUAUUAUUAAUGGAGAAAGAAAAUGUCAAGCCCACUCUGUUCACUUAUAAGGUCUUAAUAGACGCCAAAGGCCAGUCCAAUGACAUAACUGGUAUGGAUCAAAUUGUCGAGACAAUGAAGGCUGAAGGCUUAGAACCUGACAUUCAUACACAGUCCAUCUUAGCUAAGCAUUAUGUCUCAAGCGGACUUAAAGAAAAAGCUGAGGCAAUGUUAAAGGAGAUGGAAGGGGACAACUUAAAAAAUCGUUGGGUUUGCCAAGUGUUACUUCCUCUUUAUGCACAGCUGGGAAAGGCUGAUGAGGUGAGUAGAGUUUGGAAGGCAUGCGAGUCAAAUCCUCGUCUGGAGGAGUGCAUGGCUGCUAUUGAUGCAUUGGGAAGAUUGAACAAGAUUGAAGAAGCGGAGGCAGUUUUUGAAAGGGUGUUGAAAACAUGGAAUACAGUUACGUCGAAGCAUUACUCGGUGCUUCUCAGGGUGUAUGCAAAUCAUAAGAUGCUUGCCAAGGGCAAGGAUCUUAUCAAGCGAAUGGCGGAUAGUGGGUGUAGGAUUGGCCCAUUGACUUGGGAUGCACUUGUAAAGCUCUAUGUGCAGGCAGGGGAGGUGGAAAAGGCUGCUUCCAUCUUGCAGAAGGCAACCCAACAGAACGAGAUGAAGCCAAUGUUCAGCUCUUUCAUGGUUAUUAUGGAACAGUAUGCUAAGAGGGGUGAUAUCCAUAAUUCAGAAAAAAUGUUUCAUAGGAUGAGACAGGCUGGUUAUGUGUCUCGUAUGCGGCAGUUCCAAGCUCUAAUGCAGGCUUAUGUAAAUGCUAAGGUGCCAGCUUAUGGAUUUAGGGAGAGGAUGAAGGCAGAUAAUAUAUUCCCAAACAGAUCUUUGGCAGCCCAAUUGGCACAGGUUGAUGCGUUUAGGAAGACACCUGUGUCAGAUUUGCUUGAUUGAUGAACUUGUGACCUUGUUGUUCCUUUCAGGUCGCUCUAGCUACUGUAGUGUCAACUUUUUAUAUACUGUUGCAACAAUAUAAAUUUGUAGGUUGAUAAUUUUGGAUUAUUAUGUUCUUACUAUUAUAUUGUUGUGUUUGGAAA